CCACUAUUCACUCCCACUUUUUUUCCCUCUUGCUGGGUAGAUUUCUCGCUCGCGGCAGCAUCUUCCCUGCCAUCGUCUCCAUCAAAUCACCGACUCGCCAUUUUGACUCAUUAUUCUCCUUCUCCAGACCUACAUCUACUGCCCUCCUCACCGCUCACCUUGCUCUCUCUGACUCUGCUCUGUACUCUGAUCCCCUACCUCAGACUUGUUCCUCGGACCUCCUCCAUCAACUCUCACACUCUCUCUCCUUGUUCACCGCUCAAAAUGUGUCCUUCAGCCGACGAGGUUGACUCAAACGGCGUCAACGGACAGACCAACGGUGCCAAUGGCCACUCAAAUGGAGUGAAUGGGAAUGCCAGUCACCCGGGUUACACUGGAAUCAACACCAACCCGACUCCGCGAAAUGCCAGAAAUCCUUACAUGCCUGUGGGCGACUUCCUCAGCAACGUCGGCAGAUUUAAGAUCAUCGAGAGCACGUUAAGAGAGGGCGAGCAAUUCGCGAAUGCCUACUUUGACACCGCCAAGAAGAUUGAAAUCGCAAAGGCUCUGGACGAGUUUGGUGCAGACUAUAUCGAGCUCACUAGCCCGGCCGCCUCAGAGCAGUCUCGCAAGGACUGCGAGGCCAUCUGCAAGCUCGGCUUGAAGUCCAAGAUCCUCACCCACAUCCGAUGCCACAUGGACGACGCAAGAAUAGCAGUCGAAACCGGUGUCGACGGCGUCGACGUCGUGAUUGGCACAUCAUCCUUCCUCCGAGAGCAUUCUCACGGCAAGGAUAUGACCUACAUCAAGAACACCGCCAUCGAGGUCAUUAACUUUGUCAAGUCCAAGGGCAUCGAAAUUCGGUUUUCCAGCGAAGAUUCGUUCCGGUCUGAUCUAGUCGACCUGUUGUCGCUCUAUCAAGCCGUUGACAAGGUCGGUGUGAAUCGGGUGGGUAUCGCCGACACGGUCGGAUGCGCAUCUCCCAGACAAGUUUAUGACCUCGUCCGAACACUGCGCGGCGUUGUCAGCUGCGACAUUGAGACCCACUUCCACAACGACACCGGCUGUGCUAUUGCAAAUGCAUACUGCGCUCUAGAAGCUGGUGCCACCCACAUCGAUACUUCAGUUCUCGGCAUUGGCGAGCGAAAUGGCAUCACCACGCUUGGUGGGCUGAUGGCACGGAUGAUCACGGCCGAUCGCGACUAUGUCAAGAGCAAGUACAAGCUGGAGAAGAUCAAGGAUAUCGAGGAGUUGGUGGCCGAAGCUGUCGCCGUCAACAUCCCCUUCAACAACCCCAUUACCGGUUUCUGUGCCUUCACUCACAAGGCCGGUAUCCACGCCAAGGCUAUCCUGGCCAACCCGAGCACAUACGAAAUCAUCGACCCCUCAGAUUUCGGUAUUGGCCGAUACAUCCAUUUCGCUUCUCGCCUGACCGGGUGGAACGCCAUCAAGUCAAGAGCACAGCAACUCAAGAUCGAGAUGACGGACGCACAGUACAAGGAAGUCACCGCGGCCAUCAAGAGACUGGCUGAUAUCAGACCCAUUGCCAUUGAUGACGCGGAUUCGAUCAUCCACGCCUAUCACCGCAAUGUCAAGCUGGGCAAGAAGAACCCAGGGAGCGAAGUUGAACUGCCCAACAUGACGGAGAAGGAGAAGAGACUGCUGGCCGAGAAGCAGCAAGAGGAUCAAGCAGUACCGGAAAAGAGGCGUUUGGAGGAGGCGGUUGAGGACCAGGUCGCAACGGAGCAGGUGGUCAAGAAGGCUAGGACGACGGGUGUCACGGCAUAGAUGGCGCGCAUCCAAACGAAGAUGUGCUUGCAUUUUUUCCGGAGUUUAGGUUAUCUGAUGCAACGGCCUGAGAUAUUCCCCGAGAUGAGGACACCUCUGCAUUGAAAAUCUGUCAGCCCAGCUGGAUUUGCACAUAGCACGACCUAAACGACAGCUGAGGGCUCGACUUGGACAACAAAAGCAAGAAGAAGACCAAAAGGGCUCCAUAGACGAGUGUGUACGUCAAUGAUAUAAAUACUUCCGACCAGUCAUCAGCUCCUGGGUCAAUAUAGGAUGUCAUCGUGUCUGGGGAAGUAUAAUUAUACCUGAUAGAGGCCAGGCACGGCUUUCUGAA